AUGGAAUGCAAUAGGGGUGAGGCAGCUAGAGCUAAGGAGAUUGCUGAGAAGAAAUUUUUCGAAAAGGAUCUUGUUGGAGCAAGAAAAUUUGCACUCAAGGCCAAGAAUUUGUACCCUGAGCUUGAGGGCAUUACUCAAAUGGUAGCAACUCUUGAUGUCUAUAUUUCUUCGGAGAACAAAGUAAACGGAGAAGAAGAUUGGUAUGGGAUACUUGGCACUAACCCACUAGCUGAUGAUGACAUGGUACGUAAACAGUACCGGAAAUUGGCCUUGAUCCUUCACCCUGACAAAAAUAAGUCAGUUGGAGCUGAUGGCGCUUUUAAACUUAUAUCUAUGGCAUGGAGUACAUUGUCUGACAAAACGAAGAGAGUAGCGUACGACCAGAAUAGAAAGACUAACAUUUUUCGGAAGGCCUCAAGUUCGGCUAAGGCUCCAUAUACUAAGUCUGAAUCCAGUGGAUUCAACACUUCCACCAAAGCAACUGAAAAGUCUAAUAAGAGUGUUCCCCAAGCAGGCCAUUAUUCUUCUCCAGUUUCAUCUCAGAAGUCAAAACAACCCAAGACUUUCUGGACUGUCUGCCAUCAGUGCAGGAUGCAGUAUGAGUAUCUUAGGAUUUAUCUGGAUCAUAAUCUACUCUGUCCCAAUUGUCAUGAGCCGUUUAUAGCUACUGAAAAAGCUCCCCCCUCAUCAAAUCGCUUUAAAUUAAGUGCACAAGCGAACUUUUCCCAGCAAUCAAAAAAGUCCAAUCGACAAGCUUCUGGCAAAAAUACAAUGAAAUCUAGUAAUGCCAGUAGUUCAUUUUCAAAUGGGGGGAUAAACUACCAGUGGACUCCAUUCUCCUCUGGAUCAGGUACUACAUCUCACUUCUCUCAAGCUGCAACUGUUGUUCAGCAGGCUUAUGAAAAGGUGAAGAGGGAACGAGAAGAGGCGCAGGCGGCUACAAGAAGAGAAGAGAGCCUUAAGAGGAAACAUGUUUCCAAAAGAAUGGGUGGUGGAUAUGCUGGAAAAAGAAGGAGAAGUGCAGAAGAUGGUGGUUUGAACAAGGAGAAAGGAUCUGUUACUGUUCAAAUGGUUUCAACUUCUAGAAGAGGUGGCUCUACUGGUGUUGUUGGUGUCAGGAAGUGUUCUGACAUGAGGGAUGCCGCCCAGGUUGAGAUUGAGUCCCUUUUGCUGGAGAAGGCCAGGACUGCCAUCAGUAAGAAACUCUAUGAUCUGAAUUCAGCUACUGUGAGUGAAUUGUUCAUGGAAACGGGAAAUGAUAGUGGGGAAGAAGAUAAUGUAUUUGAAAAGUCUGUGGUAAAUGGUGACGCAAAUGAACCUUGCGCCCCUAGUGAUCCACCCAAUUCAGAAGCAGGGUUGUUUGGCAGUACUACUUCUCCUACUACUUCUGGUGCAAAAAUAAAUACGGAAAUUUUAGAUUCAAUGUUUAUCGAUGUGCCAGAUGCAGACUUCUACAAUUUUGACAACAAUAGAACUGAAACGUGUUUUGGUGAAAACCAAGUAUGGGCAGCCUAUGGUUACAAUGAAGGGUUCCCUCGGUAUUAUGCCAUGAUCCAUGCUGUGAUUUCCUUGGAUCCACUAAAGUUGCGGAUUAGUUGGCUGAAAUCAAGAACCAAUAGUGAAUUUGGCCCCUUGAACUGGUUUUGUUCUGGCUUCUCAAAGACUUGUGGGGAAUUUCAAGUAGGAAGGCGUGAGAUUUAUAGCUCUCUCUAUUGUUUUUCCCACAAGGUUAGAUGGAAAAGCGACAUUCAUGGGUCCAUACAUAUAUAUCCCAGGAAGGGUGAUGUUUGGGCUCUCUACAGAAACUGGUCCCCAGAUUGGAAUGAGCUGACAGAAGAUGAGGUCAUACAGAAGUAUGAUGUGGUCGAGGUUCUUGAGGACUAUAAUCAAGAGCUAGGGGUUAUUGUAGUUCCCCUGGUAAAGGUUGCUGGUUUUAAAACCGUGUUUCGCCAACAUUUAGAUGUUGGGGAAAUCAGAAGAAUUCCGAGAGAAGAGAUGUUCAGAUUUUCGCACCUUGUUCCUUCUUAUAUACUCACUAGUCAAGAAGGUCCAGAUUGUCCCAAAGGGUGUAGGGAGCUUGACCCAGCUGCAACACCAAUUGAACUUCUUCAUGUAGUUGUAGAUGUGAAAAGAGAAGAUUUGUUAGAGGAUGAGAGCAUUGAAUAG